UCCUCCUCCACUCCUUCUGUAGGCUCGUCUGGAAAGUUCGGUUGCUUCUAAUUUUGGGGAACUACGCUAGUUUGCAAACCGUAGCUUCAGACUUCUGCAAUCAUUUUACAGAGAAGGAUCAUAACAACGUAGACCUUUAUCUGCGAAACCCAGUCUUUCAUCGGACUAGUGCACACAAGGAUCCUGUCAAUUCAUUUACGCCACAACAGCAAUCAUCACAAUCUGUAGCUUGAAUUAGUAGCGUGUGCGUUUCCUAGCAGUCUCCAAGUCCAACAAGCUACAAGAAGCUUUGAUUUGUGUCGCAGCGUGUUAACAUUCGUUAGCCAGUUCCUAAGUCGGAGUGAAGCCUUGGCUUGGAGCUGUUUCACUACACAGCAAUGACUGCAGAAGAGAUGGCUAAUGAGGGACAACACACCGGCUUCCAAAUGGAAGGAGAAGAUAUCACACCUAAGAAAGAUGGAGGUGUUUUAAAGUUGGUGAAGAAGGAGGGCACGGGUAUUGAGCAGCCCAUGACCGGUGAUAAAGUGUUUGUUCAUUAUGUGGGUACACUUUUGGACGGCACUCAGUUUGACUCAAGCCGUGACAGAGGAGAGAAGUUCUCAUUUGAGCUGGGAAAAGGACAAGUGAUCAAGGCAUGGGAUCUAGGUGUUGCAACAAUGAAAGUGGGAGAACUGAGCCAGCUCAUCUGUAAGCCCGAGUAUGCCUAUGGCACUGCAGGUAGCCCUCCUAAAAUCCCACCCAAUGCCACGCUGGUGUUCCAGGUGGAGCUGUUCGAGUUCCGAGGUGAGGACAUAACUGAGGAUGAGAAUGGAGGAAUCAUCCGCCGUAUCAUCACCAAAGGCCAGGGCUACUCCAAACCCAAUGAAGGAGCUGCUGUAGAGGUGACUUUGGAGGGGAGCUACGAGGGUCGUGUGUUUGACCAGAGAGAAUUGAAGUUUGAAGUGGGAGAAAGGGAGAGUCUCGGCCUGCCAAUCGGAGUGGAGAAGGCGCUUAUGGCCAUGGAGCAGGGAGAGGAGUCCUUGUUCACCAUCAAACCCAAGUAUGGUUAUGGAAAUACUGGAAGCACAAAGUUUGACAUUCCUGGAGGAGCCACACUUCAAUACAAAAUCAAGCUGACCAAUUUUGAGAAGGCUAAGGAGUCCUGGGAAAUGAACACAUCAGAGAAACUGGAGCAGAGUGCAAUUGUCAAGGACAAGGGAACCCAAUACUUCAAGGAGGGAAAGUACAGGCAAGCAUCUGUGCAGUACAAAAGGAUUGUGUCGUGGCUGGAGAACGAAUCCAAUUUGGUAGACGGGGAGGAGCAGAAAGCGAAAGCUCUGCGAUUGGCUGCUCACCUGAACCUGGCCAUGUGCUUCCUUAAGCUACAGGAGCCAAGCCAGGCCCUGGAGAACUGUGACAAGGCUAUGGAGCUGGAUGAGGCUAAUGAGAAGGCCCUGUUCAGAAGGGGGGAGGCGCUGUUUGCCAUGAAGGAGUUUGACAGGGCGAGAGGCGACUUCCAGCGUGUCACUCAGCUGUAUCCUGGCAACAAGGCAGCCAAGAGCCAGGUGGGUCUAUGUCAGAAAUAUAUCAAGGAUCAGCAUGAGAAGGACAAACGUCUCUAUGCUAACAUGUUCCAGAAGUUUGCUGAUCGGGACGCCAAGAAGGAGGCAGAAAAGGGCCCAGAUGGAGGAAAUGAGAAUGGGGAGAUGGAGGUGGAGGCCAAUGGAGCGCAAGAGUAGAGAAAGGAGACCAUGUGGCUGGCUUUCAGUCUGUCUACGACUAAGACACUUGCAACUUCAGUCGUUUGUGUUUUAAAGUGAGUGUGUAUAUAUGAGUUACGUGAGAAUGAAGUGGAGCAAAAAGGAAAAAAAAAACACUGAUUUUGUCCGUCUUCACUGGCUUACCUGUGUGUCUGUGCUACUGCUAUGGCAGCUAGUUGGCUGGGCUUCUAUUGCCUAUCUCACUCCAGGCCUCACCACCCCUCCCAAUUGCUUAAAGUGUGUCUGAAAGUAGUACCCUAGUCUUUGUGUUCCCAGAGUUCCAACCCUCACCAGUCAAGGGCUAGUCCAUUCACCUAAGAGCUUGCAUUGUCCCUCUGCCCCAACACAUCUCCCCUCAGCCCUUGCCGAACCCCCGCACACGCACACAUCUUCCUCGGGCCUUGUUGAACACCCCCCCCCCCCCCCCCAUACACACACGCGCACACAUCUUCCUCGGGCAAACCGAUCAACAGAAAGCGCCAUUUAUGAUCACCGAGUGUGUGUGCAUGGUGUGUUCUGAGUGACGGUGUCUGUCUCUAGCAGCACUGAACAAAAGAGUAACAAGAUCCUGAUCCAGUCAUGGCUUCUCUCUCAACCUAAGACUCCACUAUAGCAGCAAGGGGUUACAAGACUGUUCCUCUUUUUGCUUUGUAAAACAUUGACUUUGUUCUUGUCUUGUAUCUUUUGUUGUUGUUUUUUUCAUGUGUGAUUUUUUUUUUUUUGAGUUACUGUUAAUUUUUAUGAGGAUGAUGAAAUUAACUGGAAUAUGUUUAUAAGCAGCUUCACCUUGACAGACCCAAGCCAAGUCUCUGUUGUACUGUACAGUACAUGUGUACACAUCUCAGACUAUGAUUGGUAUCCCUGACCUAAUCUCUGAUAUCCAGGCACUCACCCUCGGAGCUGCCAAAGCAUAGUCUCCCGUAGGCCUCUUUCAUGUAACAGGUGGAUGAAAUGCUAGGAGCUUGUUUCUAUUACAGUUCUGUGGCUUACUCAUUUAGCUUUUUCUACCCAGUGUCUAUCAACGAGCCCGACUGUGAUAAAGAAGAGAAAUGGCUUGGACUGAGCACUAGGAGGACUGAGGGUGUGCUGUAGUUCUUUUCCAUAUGUUGAGGCUUUCUGGCCGAAGGAUCUAAUAAACAGCAGCUCAAGCUCG